GACACAUCUUUGGCGUCGAACCAUCGCGACGACGACGCCGACGACGACGACGACGGAACGUGCCCCGAGGCACAGCGCCACCACCACUGUAGGGCGGACGCCUUUCUCCCACGAAGGAAAACAACCCUUUUUUUUAUUCUCUCUCUUCUCGACUGGAGCCGGCGCAUUGGUGAGCGUGUAGCUCUCCGUGCGCUGCAGCAAACCCGGCCCCCCGGCUCCAGGAGCCAUGAAUACCUCACUCGGCCUCGUCCCUUCGCGAUCCCUCCUCCACCUCGGCCUGCGCGUUUCCAGUCGCCGCGCCGUGAGCACCAGCUGCAGCGUCUCCGUGGCCGCCGCCGCGUCCCGACUCCUCUCCGCAUGCACGACCCUCCGCAAACCCGUCUCCAGCAGGCCACACGCGCCAUGGCCGACGCUCCGCCAAACCCAAUGGCCCUCCCCGGGCCUCGCCGCGACGUCUAACCUCCCGGCACGGAGAUGGGUCUCCUCCUCCUCCUCCUCCUCCUCCUCCUCGCCCAAGCCCGAUGCCAAGAACGAACCCAAGAAGGACGAGCCCAUCCUCCGAGACUACGUCGAUCUCCCGCUGGACUACAAGGACAAGAUCGGCCUGCGCUUCCGCGCCACCGACCUCUCCCCCGCCGAGACCAAGGCCGUCUUCGGCCCCUCCAUCAAGGCCGCCGCCGCGAACCGCCUGCUGCGCAUCAUGCACGGCCGCCGCGUCGCCGGCACCCUCGACGACCCGGCCUUCGCCGUGAACACGGCCGCCUUCACGCCGCAGCAGCGCGACACCGCCCUCGCGUACCUCCGCAAGACCGUCCCGGUCGACGAGGUCCUCAACGCCGGCCUACGCGCCGAGGACGAGCUCGCCGCGCUGGAGGAGGAGCUGGCCGAGCGCGCCGACGAGGACUCCUCCCUCAAACACGACGACGCCGAAAGCGCGGCCCGCAAGGGGGGCUACGAGGCGGACCCGGUGUACGGCUACAGCGCCCUCGACGCGAUCCGCGCCAAGAACCAGGCCAGGGCCGCCGAGGAGGAGGAGGAGGAGAAGCAGCGGCUCGCCGAGGAGGCCGAGCAGAAGGACAAGGGCGUCGAGGGCGCGGGCGGCGGCGCCCUGGCGACCCUGGGCGUCAAGCGCCCGCCCAUGAGCCCGCGCAUGCAGCGGUGGACCGAGGAGGCGACGUCGGACCUCGCGGCCCCGCCGCCGCUGACGCUCGCCGAGCGGCUUCUCCCCUCGGUCGCCGGCGUCCUGCUGCUGGUCGGUGCGCUCUCGGCCCUCGCCAUGGUCUACACGCCGCCCCGCGACGCCGACCGGCUGUUCCCCGAGGUCUCGGCCUCGACGGCGACGGUCGGCGCCCUCAUCGGCCUCAACGCGCUCGUGUCGCUCGCGUGGCGCGUGCCGCCGCUGUGGCGCUUCCUGAACCGCUACUUCGUGCUGGUGCACGGCAUGCCGCGCGCCGUCACCAUGCUCACGGCCAACUUCUCCCACUCGUCGCUCGGCCACCUGGCCACCAACAUGGUCGGGCUGUGGUUCGUCGGCACCGCGCUGCACGACGAGGUCGGCCGCGCCAACUUCCUGGCCAUCUACCUCGCCUCCGGCGCCGUCGGCCUGCUCGCCAGCCUGACCGUCUUCACGCUGCGCGGCCUGCUGACCGUCUCCACCGUCGGCGCGUCGGGCGCCGUCUUCGGCGCCACGACGGCCUACUUCUGGAUGCACCGCUUCGACUCCUUCAAGGUGCUCGGCAUGCCGCCGGACCCCAUGAACGGCCCGCAGGGCCUCGGCUUCAUCGCCCUGAUCCUCGGCUUCCACGUCUACGCCUUGUUCCGCCGCGGCCGCCAGACCAUCGACCUGACGUCCCACCUGUUCGGCAUGCUGGCGGGCCUGGUCGGCAUCGAGCUCGUGACGCGGAAGGAGGAGGUGUCGAGGGAGGACGGGCUGAAGGGGAAGAGGGAGGACCUCGUGAAGGACGCGCUGCCCCACGAGGGCCGUGGCGACGACAAGGCGUGAUCUGGUGUGCCUGGGAGGGGGAGGUGGAGAUUUGCUCUCUGCGGGAGGGAGACACGUGUAGUAUAGCGAGUUUAUUGGAGCAGCCCGACUCGGGCGACGAAGAGCCUUGUGAAGGAAGAAAUCUUUAGACUCUUUCUUGUACGUUAUAAAAUGGAUGGCAUUUGAAUACCAACCUCAGUUCCCCA